UAGUCCAUGGAGUCCACCUAAACAGGAGCACAGGGAGUCCAGAUCAUAAAGAAGUGACUCUUAUUUCAAUUUCAGUGGUUGCUUGCGCACGGCUUUCACCACUAGAGCGGGGGCAUUGACGCAUUUUGGAGUCGACGGGUAACACUGCCAACCCGGCUGCGCUACAGACGCAUCCAUGAGCGAAACCGCGAUGGCCGUGGUGCAGCUCGAGACGGAGGACCAUCAACCGGAGAACGGCUUCGUGUCCCCCGAAACAGAGUCGCCGGGAUUGCUCACACGCAUCGACGAUUGUGUCUUGCCUUUUCUUGGGGGAUUUGGGAAGUAUCAGAGACAGCUAAUCGUGCUAACAUGGAUUCCGGCGUUAUUUAUUGGAUUCAGCCAGUACUCUGACGAAUUCCUUCUUGCCCAACCGAACAAUACAUGUGUUCCGCCAGCUGCAAAUACGACUAAUUUUACUAUAAUUCCUUCCUCUUUAUUUCAUGGUCCAAAUAAUAGUUUCCCACGAACAGCGGCGUACGUUUAUUACAAUGGCACCCACAAUAAUACAGCCAGGCAGCUGCAACAUUGUAUGUGCAAGGAGUGGACGUUUGAGCUGCAUACGGGACUAAUGCAGAAUGUGGUUACUAAGUGGAGUCUGGUGUGUGACUCGGCGUGGAAGGUCCAUAUCGCUAAGUUCUCUCUGCUGGUGGGAUCCAUAUUCGGAUACCUGGUCUUUGGGGUCCUGGCAGACUGGUUUGGUCGCCACCCGGUCCUAAUAAUCUCGGUCCUGUUCAUGCUGGUGUUUGGUCUGACCGUGGCCUUCUCUGUCAACGUUCCCAUGUUCAGCACCCUGCGCUUCUUCGAGGGCUUCUGCUUGGCAGGCAUCGCCCUCUCCCUCUACAUCCUCAGGAUUGAGCUGUGCCUACCAGCCUGGCGUUUCUCCAUGACCAUGGUUGCCAGCUUCGUGGUGCUGGGCGGGCAGCUCCUGAUGCCAGGGAUGGCAUACCUCUGUCGAGACUGGCAGGUUCUGCAGGCUGUCAUCAUCUGCCCUCUUCUCCUCAUGCUGGCUUAUAUCUGGAUCUUUCCCGAGUCUCUGCGGUGGCUGCUGGCCACUCAACAGUACGGCCGCUCCAAGUGGAUCAUGGGACAUAUCAUCAAGAAGAACCAGGUCAACCCCGAGCUGGACACUGACCACAUCCUUACAGAGCUGCAGAACGCUCUUCACAAGAAACCAAAAAAGACAUGUAUCGUAAAGAUGGUGGGGACAAGGAACCUGUGGAAAAACAUUGUGGUCCUCUGUGUGAACUCACUGACGGGCUAUGGCAUCCACCACUGCUUUGCCCGCAGUAUGAUGGACCACCACGAGACCCACGAGUCCACCAUGUUCCACAACUUCUACGCUGACUACUACACCAUGGCGGGCAUCGCCGUGGCUUCAUGCAUGGCACUGUGCCCGGCGGUGGGCCUGAUGGGGAGGAGGGGAGGCCUGCUCAUGUUCAUGAUCAUCACUGCGCUGGCAUCACUGCUGCAGCUUGGCCUGCUCAACUUGCUGGGGAAAUACAGUGUCCAUCUGAAUAUAGAGAGCUCGGAUACACUUAAUAAGAACUUCUCCAUCGCCUUUUCCAUCAUCGGCAUGUUCUCCUCCCACGCUGUCAGCAACCUGAGCAUCUUCUUCUGCGCUGAGAUCACCCCCACCGUCAUCAGGGGUGGUGGUCUGGGCCUGGUACUAGCCAGCGCUGGCUUCGGCAUGCUGACCGCCCCCAUCAUGGAGCUGCACAAUCAGAAGGGCUACUUCCUCCACCACAUCAUCUUUGCCUGCUGCACCCUCAUCUGCAUCAUCUGCAUUCUCCUCCUCCCCGAGACGCGCUACCAGCCCCUGCCCGAGACCCUGGCCGAUGGGGAGUGUUACACCCGCCAACCCCUGUUGCCCCCCAGGAAGCCUGGCGAACAGCGCCUCCUCCUGGCCCAGUCGGAGAGCAGCAGGGACUACACCCGGGUCCACGACACACCAGUGCAUGAGGCGGCCGCCACCACCGUCUUCACCAUGGACUCCACGGCAUCCUCCGCUGAUGACCUCACGGCACCGUCGUUUAUAGAUAUUUUGCCGCCCCCCGCCACAGAGUUGACGUCAUUCCAGCCUAAGCCUGAUCCUGAUAGCGUGCCCCUGGUUAAGAAAGACCUCAAUGGGCGAUCCGUUACGCCCCCAUCUGGUACUCCCAUGGCGGCCCUAGAUAAGGCAGGCGUUGUACUGCCUAGUAAAGAGCACCUGUUAUCUUCCACACCUAGAAAUAGUGCCCUCACUCCCUCCAAUCCCCUUCUGCCUCCCUCCAUUCCCCCUGUCAUAGAAACUCCUUGUACCUUGGGCUCUACCUCUCACCCUGUAAUUGUCCCUAUCCCCCCUUCUCCAACACCCUCCCCUAAUGUCAAUGACAUUGUUCCCCUUCCCCCCAUGGCGGACUGUACCACUCCUAUUGAUUCUACUGACCCCAUCACCACAGAUUCGAUCAUUCCCAUUCUAAUAGACUCUGUAGAUGACAAACUCCCCCCUCCUCCUACCCAUAAUUCAGACUGUAACAUUCCCCCUGUCACAGACUCUGUCCAUACUCCAGAGUUGGACACUUCAUGUGUUAAGGAUGUUGUUGUCUCUCCCUCUUCCCCUGUCGUAGCUCAUUCCCCUGUUCAUUACCCCACCCCCCUACCACCACCACUGCCACCCAUUGACUCAGUUCAUAUCCCAACAACAGUGGACUCUUCCACUCCCCCUGUCAUAGACACUGUUCACCCCCUCACUGUGGACUCUACCACUCUCCCCAUCACAGACAUUCUUCAACCCCUUACAUUGGACUCUACCACUCCGCUUUUCAUAGACUCACUUCUCCCCAACAUAACAGACUCUGAGACCACAGAGGCGGCCCCUGCUUCCACAAUAAUGGACUGCACCAUCUCCUCCCCAAUAGACUCAGGUAUCCUCCCAGUAAUGGAUUGUGCCAUCUCAGAAAACAGCGCUGUCAACGGGGUGGUGUCUUCAUGAUCCAAGGCUCCACCUGUGGAACAAGGAGGUGGGCCCCUCCCUCAUGGAGGAAGAAGCCCUGGACACCCAUGGCACACGACGGGGGUCACUAACUGGCCUAUCAGGCCUCAGACAUUUCAGCUGCUCUGUAGGGAGACUGCCAGCGACAGACAGGAGGGUAACAGCUUGAGCUAGGGCCAAGUUUUUUUCUGUCAUACAUCUUACUGGGAACAGCCAGAGAACAGGACAGGGGGACCGGUUGUGGUGACAGUGAUGAGUGGUUAGGGACAGUUCGAAAUUUACUGGCAGGGUAAUGCGUUUUUUCCCCCAGGUUUACGUUCACCUAUUUUCAGGUUUCACUAUAUCAUUUCUUCCAUUCUAGACAUAUUUCCUCAUCUGCUUGCAUGCACCUCCCCUAUAUCAAGGUGUUUUGGAGGUUCCAUUAUGCACUGCACUUUUCCACACACUAACUAUACCACAUGCCAAUAUAGUCUACCAGUCUAACUGUCUAUCCACCAUUCAUAGUGACAAUGGUGGUAGGGGAUAGUUUGUCCAGAUCUGCAAUAACUAGCGAUCAUACCACACAUAAUAUCAUUCAAAGCUGCACCAAUAUAAGCAGAGACCAGGUGCGUCAUUGCGGAUGAAAUAACAGUGAAGACAUGAGACAUGCAGCUCAAAAAUCUCCCCUAUACUGUAAAUCUUGUUUAUGGACUAUACAAUUAUCCUACCUAGACUAGCCUAGAACACAUUAUUGCUUUCAAGUCAGUACAUUUUACUCUAGGCUAUGAACUGCAGUGAAAAUGUCAUUUGAUUAACAUUUCAUUCCAUUUGGCUCAGUUGUUGGUCUACUCUUGACAGUUUAUAAGAUCAAGAACAAGGGUCUCAAACAGGUCCAGUAGCUCGCAGCCCACCCAUGAGUAGCUCGCAGCCCACCCAUGAGUAGCUCGCAGCCCACCCAUGAGUAGCUCGCAGCCCACCCAUGAGUAGCUCGCAGCCCACCCAUGAGUAGCUCGCAGCCCACCCAUGAGUAGCUCGCAGCCCACCCAUGAGUAGCUCGCAGCCCACCUAUGAGUAGCUCGCAGCCCACCUAUGAGUAGCUCGCAGCCCACCCAUGAGUAGCUCGCAGCCCACCCAUGAGUAGCUCGCA